AUGGAAACAAUCUCCAGGAUCUCCUCGAUGCUGGAAACAGCACGAGAGCUCACCCUCGAGGCCGCCCAGUCCGCCGCCAGCAAUCGCAGCUCGAAACCCGACUACUCGUCGCGCACUUACUCCGUCGCCCACAUCAAGAAGCUACUGGACAGCCGACAUGAACGCGAGGUCUUGGAUGGGAUGCGGAGGGUCAUCUCGUUGAUGUACCGCUCUGAGCCCUCCCUCCCGUUCUUCUCGGCCGUGGUCAAAAACGCCGCCAGUGCCCACCUGGAAGUCAAGAAGCUGGUUUACAUCUACCUGGUUCACCACGCUGAGGCCGAGCCGGACCUGGCCCUGCUGUCGGUGAAUGCGAUCCAGAAAUCGCUUACAGACCAGAACCCGCAGGUGCGGACCAUGGCAUUGCGGACCAUGUCUGGAAUUCGAGUACCGGUAAUCAGCCAGAUCGUGUCACUGGCCAUCAAGCGGGGGUGCGGUGAUAUGAGUCCACAUGUACGGAAGGCAGCGGCCCUGGCCAUUCCCAAGUGCUAUCGCUUGGACCCGAGCACGAUGCCCCAGUUGCUGGGAUAUCUGUCAAACCUGUUGGGCGAUCCGCAGUACUUUGUGGUUGGCUCUGCGGUCGCAGCCUUUUUGGAUAUCUGCCCGGAACGGAUUGACUUGGUCCACAAGCACUAUCGCGGUUUGGUGAAGAAGCUGGUGGAUAUGGAUGAAUGGGGUCAGCUGGCGACCUUGCGUUUGUUGACGUUUUACGCGCGCAAAUGCUUUCCUCGCCGAACUCAGAAGGUAAAGCAGGCAGUUACCAAGGCGUUCUACGACGAGGACCAGCCAGAUCAAGGCGCCGAGGACUCGGGCGAGGAAUACGAGGUCCCCGUGGUAGACUCUGACCUUGAGCCUUUCCUCCGCGCAUGCAAGUUACUACUGCAGAGCCGCAACUCGGCCGUGAUUGUCAGCGUUGUCCGCUGUUUUCUUUACCUGGCUCCUCCAGAGUAUCUGCUGUCUGCUGUUGGUCCUCUGGUGGCCCUCCUGCGGAGUCCGCAAGAUAUGCAGCUCAUUGCUCUCUACAAUAUUGUAGCAGUGGCCUUGCGCGACCCCAAGCCGUUCGCCAAAUAUACCGCGCAUUUUCUCGUCCAUGCCAAUGAUACGCCGCAUAUCUUGCAUCUCAAACUCGAAGUGCUAACAAUUCUCUUCCCGCAUUGUGGGAAACAUUGGAAGAGCGUGAUAAUCAGUGAACUGGAACAUUUCUCCAAGGGCACGGACCCAGAUCUGGUGCGAGAGAGCGUGCGAGCCAUCGGACGUUGCGCACAGGGAGAUGCCAAUACCGCAGAUUUAUGUCUACGCAUCCUUCUCAGUCAGAUCUCCAGCCUGGACGGGAACCUGGUGUCGGAGUCUCUGACUGUUAUCCGCCAUUUGAUUCAACAGGACCCGACAUCACAUAAACAGACUGUCAUUCAGCUUGUCAAGCAUCUUGGGUCAACAGCCCAUCCUGACGCCCGAGCCACCAUUAUUUGGCUUGUUGGCGAGUUCGCUGGUAUUGACGUGGAUAACAAUAUUGCACCCGAUGUUCUCCGUGUGUUGGUGCGAAGCUUCGCGGACGAGCCAGAGGUUGUCAAGCAACAAAUCGUUCUCCUCGGUGCUAAAGUGUACCUUCAGCAUCUUCUCAAGAACCCUCCGAAAGAGGACUCCACUGAAACCACAUCGCCGGAAAAACCUGCGAUCAACACACAGAAAUUCCAGAAUGAGUGGACAGAUGAUCAGCUUGAAGAGCAGAUUCAUCCCCCCGAGAAUGCGGGAGAGGCGAAGGGCAAAGAAAAGCAAGAAGGCGUCGAGACAAAAGAAGGAGAGGAAGAAGACCGCAUCACUCUGCUCUGGCGCUACAUCCUGUUACUCGCUCGCUACGACACUUCCUACGACCUCCGCGACCGAGCUCGUCUCUAUAAAGCUCUCCUCGCCAGCCCAUCCUCCACCCCGCUCGCCAACCUGCUUCUUCUCGCCCCGAAACCAGUACCACACGUCCCAAGUCCCUCAGAAACACGCAAGGAUCUUCUAGUCGGAUCUGCAACCCUAGUUGUUGGUCCAGAUGCCGGUCCCUACGGCUUGCGCGGUUACGAGAACCUUCCGGACUGGGUUGAACUAGGCCACGAGCCAGAUUCGAGUCUGCGCGUCGAAGAUGUGAAACCGGAUUCAACUCAAACCCAGCUCUCGAUGACCGCCGGCGAACGACUCGAUCGAGCCCUCCGUGAACAUCAGACCUCUGGCGGGGCAGGCAGGAGACAUAAUGGUGCCGCAGUGCCGACGGACCCAGCCGGGAAGAAGACCCUGAAUCAGUGGUUAGACGAGGAAGACGAGGAGACCGAGACUGAGAGCGAAACGGAUUCCGAGGAAGAAGAGACCGAUUCGGAAGAGGAAGAUGAGUCCGAGGAGGAGGACUCUGAAGAAGAUGAAGACGGGGAGGAAGAGGAGACGGACUCCGAAAGCGAGGCUGAUCACAUAGCAACACAGCAGUUGCUGGCUCAGCCUGGUUCGAGAACUCCAAAUGUAUAA